AUGCCGGGCUUCACCUGCUGCGUGCCGGGCUGCUACAACAACUCGCACCGCGACAAGGCGCUGCACUUCUACACCUUCCCCAAGGACGAGGAGCUGCGGCGCCUCUGGCUGAAGAACGUCUCCCGGGCGGGCGUCAGCGGCUGCUUCAGCACCUUCCAGCCCACCACGGGCCACCGCGUCUGCAGCGAGCACUUCCAGGGCGGCCGCAAGUCCUACCUGGUGCGGGUCCCCACCAUCUUCCCGCUGCGCGGCGUCAACGAGCGCAAGGCGCAGCGGGCCGCCCGCCGCCCCCGCCCCGCCGCUGCUGCCGCCGCCGCCGCCGCCGCGCAGGGCUCCGGUGGCGCCGCCGCCGCCGCCGAGGCCCCGGCAGGGGGCGCGGCCGAGGACGUGAAGCCCAUCGACCUGACGGUGCAGGUGGAGCUCGGGGCCGGGGCGAGUGCUGGGCCCGGUCCCGGUCCCGGGAGGCUACCGGCGGCGGCGGCGGGGGAGGAGGGCCCGGUGGAGGGCGGCCCCCCGGACCACUCGUACUCGCUGUCGUCGGGCACCACGUCGGAGGAGCUGCUGAGGAAGUUGAACGAGCAGCGCGACAUCAUCGCGCUGCUGGAGGUGAAGAUGAAGGAGAUGAAGGGCAGCAUCCGCCGCCUGCGCCUGGCCGAGGCCCAGCUCCGCGAGGAGAUCCGCGAGAAGGACCGGCUGCUCCACGCCGCCAGCGCCGGGACCCGCAAGCGCCACGGCCUCUGA